AUGGUGACGUCAAACGGCAACGUCACAUGGCUCUUUUCAGCGCUCUUUCGCAGUUCCUGUCCAAUUCGUGUGCGCUAUUAUCCAUUCGAUGAUCAAGUGGGUAUCAACUUCUUAAAGAAGUGCGAUUUGAAGUUUGCCUCGUGGUCCCAUGACGCUUCAGAAAUCGAUCUGGGACUCAACACCGACAAAGGCGAUUUGAGCAGUUACAUGAACAACAGCGAGUUCGACCUUCUGGAUAUGAUUGCGAUCAAAGAGGUUGUGAGCUUUCCAUCGAACCCCUUAUCAAAAUGGCCAACAAUCGUGGUCCGGAUCAAAAUGCAUCGAAGGCCGCUUUUCUACAUUUUCAAUCACAUUAUUCCUUGUGUUCUGAUCUCAUCAAUGGCCGUGCUCGGGUUUUUGAUGCCACCGGAAACUGGUGAAAAAAUCAACAUGAUAAUCACAACCCUUCUCAGUAUGGGUGUCUACCUGCAAUCGAUUACGGAAUCGAUUCCACCCACGUCAGAAGCCGUGCCACGAUUCUACGUGUCAUCCUUGUUUCUGGGUAUGUCUAGACAAUGGUGUAUGUUAUAUUCUCAGCUCUUCAAUAUGCAUCGAAAUGGAAGUCUGCUAGUCAGG